AUGGCGGAGACUCUCAAAGUGGAGCCAUCCCAGCCUGCUUCAAAAUGGCCACCAUCGUCCCUGUACCCAAAUCCUCCACAUCUCAUCACUGAACGACUGGCGACCUGUAGCCCUGACCCCCAUUGUGAGCAAAUGCUUCGAGAAGCUGAAUUAUCACAACCAGUCAUGGACCGUCUCUGGAUCCUGAGCUGCACUCUGUGUGUCCUCCUGAGCUGGAUGCAUGUGGAUCAAGCAGUGGCUGAACCCCAGUACCUGGUGGCCAUUCCUGCAGUUAUUGAAGCUGGAGCUGAGGCCAAAUUCUGUGCAACUCUCCGACAGCCCAGUGGGACUCUGGUCAUGACUGUCACUUUGAUGUCCCAAGAGAAGAACACGACCUUAUUCACGCAUACGUCAAAUGAAGAAUUUCAAACCUGUGUUCAGUUUAAGGCUCCUUUGGUACAAAAGGAGGUGCAAGAUUUUCAGGUGGAGGUACGAGGAGACACAUUUUACUCCAAACAAGUCAGAAAAGUGAUGAUCCAAGCGUAUGAUCCCUUCACAUUCAUCCAAACAGAUAAACCCAUCUACCUUCCUGGACAAAAAGUGAAUUUCAGAGUCGUUACGAUGGAUAAUAAAAUGCGACCUGCCAAUCAGCUGUAUGAUGUCAUUGAACUUCAGGAUCCAAAUAGUAACAGGAUUGGACAGUGGCUAAAUGAAACAUCCAAUAGCAGAAUACUGCAGCUUUCUUACUCCUUGGACACUGAGGCCCGUGAGGGACCGUACCAGAUCAUUGUGUCAAUGGGUGAGACGAAAAUAUCCCACAACUUCAAAGUGGAGAAGUAUGUUUUACCCAAAUUUGAUGUGACAGUAAAUAUAUCUGAAGAAGUGAGUAUUGGGCAGGAAGACAUUGAAGCUGAAGUGUGUGCAAAGUACACGUAUGGACAGCCUGUACCAGGACGUGUUACAGUUAAUGUGUGCAGACCUAUUGAUAGGUACUUUUCCCGUGGUGUAUCGGUGCACAGUGAGGAUGAUUUGGCGCUAUUGCAGAUUGCGCCCUGCCACACAGAGACAAAGCAGGCAGACAAGACUGGCUGUGCAACAUUUUCCUUCAAAAUGUCAAUUUUUACUAAAAUGGACCAAAAGGUGCUUCAAGAUGUUCUGGAUAUCAGGGCCAAAGUGGAAGAAAAGGGAACAGGUAUUUCACACCCUCAAGAGAAGAGAAUCAGGAUUUCUUAUGUCCUUGGAAAAGUGUCUUUCAUUAACGUGCCCAAGGUUUGGGAACGGGGAUCUAAUGUGGAAGGAAAAGUCAAAGCAGUGUACCACAAUAAUACACCAGUUUGUAACGCACCGGUCUACCUGUUCACGGGAGAAAUGUGGCGAGCACGCUCACUACAAAAUCUGACAACUGACAGCAACGGUGUGGCCUCAUUUUCCUUCAGCACUGAUAACUUUGACCAGGAUAUCCAACUUCAUGCAAGCCUGACACCAACAGUGGGCCAGCCAGGAUAUAGAACUGCAUACUAUGACAGGGGAUUUCACACAUUAUCCAUGUCCCAGCCGUCUUCUCCUGAUAUUAAAACAAUCAGCUCUCUAGAGGUACAGACGAACGAUGAAGCAGUGCCCUGUGACGCAGAAGAAGACAUAUCAGUAAACUACACUAUAGUGGGAGAGUCUCCAGGGUCUGUGGAUGUCAUUUAUCUGGUGUUGUCCAGAGGAGCUGUCACCAUGCAAGGACAAAAACAGGUUGAAGUGCAAGACAGAUCGGUGAAUGAGGGCCAGGUGUCCUUUAAAGUCAGAGUGUCUCCUGAGAUGGCUCCAGAGUUCCAGGUUGUGGCUUAUGCCGUCCUGCCAAGUGAGGAUGUAAUUGCCCACAGUGCUGACUUCUCUACUGACAAAUGCUUCAGCAACAAGGUGUCAGUGGAGUUUUCACCGUCUUCAGCCGUCCCAGGUGAAGAGACCAACAUGCAGGUGACGGCCCUGCCACAUUCUCUGUGUGGUGUGAGCGCCAUCGACAAGAGCGUUCUCAUCAAGGAGCCUGGGAAGACUCUGGAUGCAGAUAAGAUAUUUGACUUGCUCCCACUCAAGAAAUCCUCAUAUAUCCCAUAUGAGGUUGAUGAUGCUACAGAAUGCCUUAAUGUGAGACCAAAAAGAUAUGUUUUGCCGUACCCCAGUCAAGAGCAAAAUGAUGCUUAUGCAGUUUUCCAGAAAGUCGGACUGAAGAUGGCGACAAACUUGCUUAUUCGAUUGCCUUCAUGCCUCCAGUUCAAGGGAAAAGUCUACCAUGAAGGCCCUCGUGUCUACUAUGGUGAAUCAUUUGCUUAUAUGCUUCCGGAUGUUAGAUAUUCUUCUGGUCCUGGUCUGGGAUCUGCUGGGCAUCUUCCUCCUGAAGCUGCACCAAUAGAGACAGUUCGCUCUUUCUUCCCUGAGACUUGGAUUUGGGAUCUGGUGGAAGUUGGAGAGGAUGGAAAAAGGGGCGUGUCCCUGACUGUCCCAGACACCAUCACCACCUGGGAGACGGAGGCUUUCUGUUUGUCCUCUCAGGGUUUUGGUUUGGCUCCUCGUAAAGAAAUGAAAGUCUUCCAACCUUUCUUCCUUGAACUCACCAUGCCCUACUCCAUCAUCCGGGGGGAGCACUUUGAACUGAAGGCGACUGUCUUUAACUACCUGACCAGCUGCAUCAUGGUUACUGUCACUCCUGGGCCGUCCUCAGAUUACACCCUCACUCCUCUCUCUGGUGAUCUGUACACAUCCUGUUUGUGUGCCAACGAGCGCAAGACCCUCAGGUGGACCAUGAUCCCAACAGCCUUAGGGGCUGUGAAUGUGACUGUGUCUGCUGAGGCCGUAGCUUCCCAUGUGUCAUGUGAUAAUGAGGUUGUGAGCGUACCAGACAGAGGUCGCAUCGACGUGGUCACCAAAUCUCUCAUAGUGAAGGCUGAGGGAACUGAGAUGACAAAGACGUACAACUGGCUUCUUUGUCCAAAAGGAAGCCCGCUGACAGAGGAAGCGCAGAUACAUCUGCCUGAGAAUGUGAUAGAAGGAUCUGCCCGCACUUCUGUAUCAGUCCUGGGUGACAUCCUCGGCCGGGCUCUGAAGAACCUGGAUGGAUUGCUGCAGAUGCCGUAUGGAUGUGGGGAGCAGAACAUGGCUCUCCUGGCCCCCAACAUCUACAUCCUCCACUACCUGAAAGGCACACAGCAGCUCACCACAGCCAUCAUGGAAAAAGCUACUAACUUCCUCACCAGUGGAUACCAAAGACAGCUCAACUACAAAAGUGCUGACGGUGCUUACACCACAUUUGGAACAGGACCAGGAAACACUUGGCUGACUGCAUUUGUGGUAAGAAGUUUUUCCAAAGCUCAGUCUUUCGUCUAUAUUGAUCCCAGAAAGAUCGAAGAGUCUAAGUCCUGGCUGCAACAUAAACAACAAGAAAAUGGCUGUUUUGAAAAGUCUGGGAAACUCUUCAACAACAGAAUGAAGGGUGGUGUAUCUGAUGAAGUGACUCUCAGUGCGUACGUUACAGCUGCCUUCUUGGAAAUGAAUACAUCCCAACAUGAUCCUGUGAUGAACAAGAGCCUGGCUUGUCUCAAGGAGUCUCUCAGUGACCUGAGCAACACCUACACUACAGCUCUGCUGGCCUAUGUGUUCACUCUGGCAGGAGACGUGGAGACCCGAGCUCACCUUCUGCAGCACUUAGACACAGUUGCAGUGAGGGAAGGAGGUUUCCUCUACUGGUCUCAGACAGCAGCAGAAACAUCAGCCUCCCUGUCAGUGGAGAUCAGCUCUUAUGUGCUGUUGGCCAAACUCAGCGCCUCCCCGACUGCUGAGGAUCUGGGAUAUGCCUCUGGUAUUAUCAGGUGGCUGACUGGGCAGCAGAACUAUUACGGAGGCUUCUCCUCCACUCAGGACACGGUGGUGGCUCUUCAGGCUCUGGCUCUCUACUCCACUCUGGUGUUCAGUCCUGAAGGUUGGAGCACAGUGACAGUUCAGGCUCCCAGCAGUCAGCUGACAUUUGAUGUAAAUCAGAGCAACAAACUGCUCUACCAGGAGGAGGCGCUGCAGGACGUGUCAGGAAAAUACAGCCUGGAGGUGAAGGGCACUGCAUGUGCUUCAGUGCAGAUUUCUGCCACCUACAACAUCCCAACACCUGCUGAUGUCACCACUCUCAGUGUGAAAGUCCAACUAGAGGUCAACACCACCAGUGAAUCUGCUAGACCCAAAUUCAUUGUGCAAAUACAAUCGCUGUACAGUGGAAAGGAGAAAACUACAAACAUGGUGAUCCUGGACAUCAAAAUGCUCUCUGGAUUUUCCCCAGACCCCGAGUCUUUGAAGAGUCUCAAACAUGGCUCCCUGGUGAGUCGUGUUGAACAAAAGGAGGAUCAUGUUCUGGUGUACUUAGAGGAGUUAUCAAAGGACACACCCAUCAACCACAGCUUAGACAUCAUCCAGGAGCUCCCAGUGGACAACCUGAAGCCAGCCGUGGUCAAGAUCUAUGACUACUACCAACCAGGUGACCAGGCUGAGACCCAAUACAUGUUUGUGUCGUGAGCUGCAGGUAAGAAGCUGUAAUAACACACAAGU